AGCUUUGUAGUUCUCUAUAAAAGAUUAUAUAACUAUAUUUAUACAAAAAAAAAUCGUGUGACGGAAAACGACGCGUUUGCGCUGCGUCUCUCAACUUUAUUGUGCGUCAUACCGUGACUGCGAACGUUUCAGAAGUUUCAUUCAGUCCAAUUAGAAGAUAUCGGUGGACGGUUGUGUGAUCAUGACCACGAAGGAAGAUGUAACAACCUUCGAGGCGGCUUUGGAGAGGACUGGAAAUGGACUUUAUAACAUUUUGCUCGUGGCUACGUGCGGGCUGAUACUCCUUGGUAUCGGUGCUGAUCUGUUUGGAUUUAGUCUCGUAGUAGCUGCUGCCUGCGACCUUAACUUAUCAGUCAGUCAGAAAGGCAUACUCACUUCUUUGCCCUUUAUUGGUAUUCUUCUCGUGUCUUAUCCGUGGGGUUACGUGGCAGAUACUCGUGGUCGCCGGUUCGUGCUCAUAGUAUCUGUCCUGACGGCUUUUGUUUUGUCCUGCGUCGCCAGUCUUGCUACUAAUUGGAUACUACUCGGCCUAAUCAAGUUCGUGUCUGUUUGCUUCUCCUGCGCAGCAAACUCAGCAACGUACACACUAGUGGGGGAAUCCUGUAUUGCACGCGUUCGUAGCAAGUACAUGCUUAUAAUAACAUGUCUCAUUAUUGUUUCACCAGCAGUCGCAGCCAUACUUACAUAUCCAACACUCCUGCUCUCGUUCAAGUGGAACAUACCAUUAUUGGGAAUUUCAUUCACACCGUGGCGUUUUUUAAACGUCGUUCUGGCAAUACCGGCUGGAUUAGGAGGGGUCGCCAUAUGCUUCUUUAACGAAUCACCCAAGUUUCUUGCAAAUUGUGGGCGAAAAGAGGAGGCAGUUUCUGUAUUGAAAUCGAUUUAUAGCAUAAAUCACGGAAAAAAUAAACAUGAUUUGCAGCUUUCAAGCUUAGUGAUAGAUGAUGUCGCCCCAAAAACCGAUAAGUCUCUCUUCCGCGCCAUGCAAGAGCAAAGCUCCCCUCUCUUCAAGCCGCCUCUUCUAUUUCGGACCGUGCAACUCUACUUCAUUGUCUUCGUCGUGUACAUGACUAACAAUAGUUUCCUCGUGUGGCUCCCUUACAUCCUGAACCUUGUGAGAGCUUCCUUGGAAAAGACCAGUGAUUUUAACAAUCUCUGUGAGCUUAUAUCAACACAUUCCAGCAAUCAAACAUACAUCCAUGACAACUCGACUGAGGGUCCACCGUGUCUCGGCUACAUAGAGGAGAACAUAAUCUUCACUCUCGUCAUCUCACAGUUCACUUUCUCUUUCCUGAACUUCGUGAUAUCCUACCUGAUGAAAUGGAGACGGCUGGUUCUUCUAAGUAUCUUAAGCCUUUCAACCCUAAGUGGAUUGCUGAUCAGUUUCAUGCCAGAACCAAUAUCCAGUGUAGUAUUAUUUAUGAUGUUCACAUGUACCAAUUUGGGUAUGGGCAUUUUGGCAUCGUAUUUCGUGGAUCUAUACCCUACCUCUUGUAGGGGAAUGGCCACCUGCCUCAGUAUAAUGGUCGGAAGAACUAGUAGUUUUAUUGGGAUCAAUAUCGUUGGGAACACAAUUUUUACGCAUUGUGAAGUAACUUUCUACCUCUGGGCUCUAUUGGUUUUAAGUAGCGCUCUCGUAGCUUGGUUUCUUCCGCCGGACAAAGUCAAAGAAAUUCAUAGUUAAAAUGUUAAUUGAAUAAUAUUCUUAAGUAGACAUAUUUUGUAGCUAGAACAAAUUUGUGUAAUAUGAAGCGUUGAUGCCUGCCUUUUUUUCCAAAACAAUUUUGGGUUGAGGUAAGGAAGCGGUCUUUCACGGUGCGUGCUUGUCUGGCCUGUUCUUCUAGAAAAGAGACUCACGUAAAACUUUACCCAACAAGUUGCAACAAGACGUAAAUUAAAUGCGAAAUGUAUACUGGAAUGUACACUGGAAUAUAUGAAGUUACUCCACUUUUGCAAAAGUACUGCGCCUCAUUAACUAAAUUUAGACAAUAUAUAUUAAACGUUAUAAAGUGAAAUAUGUAAAGAGUACAUAAUAUAUUUAGUCAGUUUUCCAGUGUAAUUUAAGCACGAUACAAUUCUGUGUAAUAAAUAUAUUUUUUUUAAACAAAACAUGAAUAUUUGAAAGCAGUGUCACUUCUAUACAAAGACCUAUAUAAUAAAAAAGAAAAUCGAAGAAAGAAAUCUCAUUUAAUUUAUUUUUUAAGUAUGCCAAUUAUAAAGUUACUUCGGUCUAUUAUAAUUCAGAUCUAGUUAAUGUACUAUCUGUGAUUUAAUGUUAAAAGUAAGCUAAUGCUGGAGAUGCCUGUUUAUAAAUAUUAUUGAAUUUAAAUUCAAAUUUAUCCAGUGAAAAUAACAAUCUAAUGUUAGUAGUUUUCGAAAAUUAAAGAUAACAUUAGAUAUUCUAUAUGUCCAAGAUAUUGAACAAAUUAAAAAAUAAAUAUUUAAUCUUGAAAGUAAUUAAUAGAAAUUACUAGGAAUUAAAACAAAUAUGAAAUAAAGCAUAUAUUAAAAUUAUAAAUGCCUAAGAAUUACAUACUUUAAUAUUACACCUAUCACAGUU